AUGGAAGAAAAGGUGGAGUGGAAAAAAGCCCACUAUGCUUUUAAGUCGCGGUGGGACAGAACUGAUGAUGAUAUGUGCCGCAACAGCAUGUCUUUCUUUCUCCAUAAAACCAUUAGGAGUGACUUCUUUUCCAGUUACCUCUUUCUGUUGGAGCAGUUGCCUUUGGUGAAGCUGUUCACUUUGACAAGAGAGAUGAUUAAUGGUGAAAUGCAGUUCUACGCCAGAGCUAGACGAUUCUAUGAAGAGGUUCCAGCAACAGAGGAGGGUAUGAUGGGAGACUUUUUGGAACUCAACUGCAUAGAUGUGGAGGCCUCCAGUGUGUUUCUAAGGAAGCUCGUAGGAGGUCCAGGAAAAGCUGGUACCAAAUAUGUCUUGGAUUGUGGCUGUGGAAUUGGCAGAGUCACUAGAUAUGUCCUACUGCCUGUUUUCUCCUCUGCUGAUGUGGUGGACAUGAUGGAUAACUUUUUAUUUGAAGCUGUUUCCUACAUAGGAAAAGACGUGAGAAAAGUGAAGGAUUAUUUCUGUGUUGCCUUACAGGACUUCACUCCCCCCAUCAAAAAAUAUGAUGUUAUCUGGAUUCAAUGGGUGACAGGACAUUUAACUGACAAGGAUCUGAUGGAAUUCCUAAUCAGAUGAGUUAUUAUCAUUAAAGAUAAUGUUGGUCGACAGGGAUGUAUCCUGGACCAAGCAGACAGCAGCGUGAUUCGGGAAGUUGAGAUUCUGAGAAACAUAAUAGCAAAAGCUGAUCUGGAGAUCAUAUGUGCAGAGAAACAGCUCAACAUCCCUGAAUAGUUGGUACCCGUUUGGAUGCUGGCCUUGAAAUAG